CAGAAACAAGGCAGAAUUCCUGCUGCUGCGAUAUUAAGCAGGCAGCGCAUGUUGAUAUAUUGAGGGGUAGAGAGGCUGCUGUGCAUUGACUCAGCUGCUGCUCAGUGAUAAAGAGGUGCAUUUUUGGGUGACCAUGGACGACGACUUUGAGCGCCGCUUGGAGCUGAGGAGGCAGAGGAGAGAGCAGAUGCGUCUGGAGGCCGAAAAAGGGGGUUACAUGAAUGACGACAAUGAGGAGGAAGAGCGAGAGCAAAGGAGACGUGCAAGGGAGGAGAGAAGGAGGAUGCGGGAGCAAGAGGAGUCUGGAGCCGCAGACGUCACCAAUAACAACAGUGUGACCGAGUCGGAACCUCUGACCAAAGCUGCCGCGGAUGAUGACCAGGCUUUGCUGGAGCGUCUCGCCAGGAGAGAGGAGCGGAGACAGAGGAGAAUGAUGGAGGCCAUGGAGCGACAGCGGUCACUAGACGCCGAUAGCAGUACGGCCAACAGCGCAGAGAGUCGACCUGAAGAUCAGACGUCCGGCAACAGCCAGGAUACAACAACAGAGAGAGAGGAGGACAAACCAGCCCCGGCGGAAGUAGAGGAGACCGACUCUCAGAACGUAGAGGAGGAAAGUAAGGAGGAGCAGGAGGAGGUGGAAGAUGUGAAAGGAGAUGUUGAUGAAGAAGAGGAGAAAGUGGAGGAGGAUAAGGAUGAAGAGAACGAAAGGAUAGAAGCAGAAGACGAGCAACAAAUUGAAGAAGAUGAAGAUCGACUGAAACAAGAAGAAGAAGAGAGGCAAAAGAGGGAACUGGAAGAGCAGAAGAAGGAGGAAGAGGAAAGACAGUUGAAAGAAGAGGAAGAGAGGUUGAAGAGGGAAGAAGAGCAGCAACGAGAAAUAGAGGAAAAAUUAAAGCAAGAGGAAGAGGAGAGGAGGCAGAAAGCUGAGGAAGAGAAGAGGCGGGAAGAAGAACAGCAAAGGGAAUUGGAAGAAAAAUUAAAGAAAGAGGAAGAAGAGAAGCAACGGAAGGAAGAAGAAGAAAAACAGAAGCAGAGAGAAGAGGAAGAAAGGAGAAAGGAAAUGGAGGCGAAGAGAAGAAAAGAAGCUGAGGAACAACAGAAAAGAGAGCAGGAGGAGAAACUGAAGAAAGAGCAGGAGGAAAAACAGAAACGGGAGAUGGAAGAGAAGAGGAAAAAAGAAGAAGAGCUCAAACGCAAGAAAGAACUGGAAGAGAGGAAGAAAAAAGAGGAGGAGGAGAAGCAGAAGAAAAAGGAGAUGGAGGAGAAGAAGAAAAAAGAGGAAGAAGAUAAGCGGAAAAAGGAGGCAGAGGAGAAAAAGAUGAAGGAAGAAGAUGAGAAACGUAAAAGAGCAGAAAUGGAAGAAAAGAAGAAGAAGAAAGAAGAGGAGGAGAAACCAAAACGAUUUGGCUUCAAGGACAAGUUUGAGCCAGCCAAGCAGAAUGGAUCUUUUAUUGAAAAUAAACUGAAGAAGCCAGAGAGAACAGCCAGGGACAACGUUCCCUCGAGCAAGGCAGAGGACUUGGAGCGACAGGAGGCUGAACGUAAACUACAAGAGCUCAAGCAGCGGAGGAACAACGCAGAGAGCGAGGAGUUUGAGAAGAUGAAGAUGAAGCAGCAGGACGCUGAGGCCGAGCUGGAGGAGCUGAAGAAGAAGAGGGAGGAGAGGAGGAAGAUCAUUGAGGAGGAGGAGAAGCAGAAGAAACAGGAACUGGAGGAGAAGAAAAACCGAGAACAAGAGGAGAAGAAGAGGAUGAAGGAGGAAAUAGAGAAGAGAAGAGCCGAGGCAGCGGAGAAGAAGAAGCAGAUGGGAGAAGAGUCUGCACCACCUGCUUUCACCAUCAGUCCUAAAGGGUCAUCUAAGAUCGGAGAGAGAGCAGAAUUCUUGAGCAAAUCAGCUCAGAAAAGCAGCACAACCAGAGUGUCUCACACUCCAAUAGUCUCCAGAAUCGGCAACAGACUAGAACAAUUCAACUCAGCCGUCCAGGAGAGCAAAGAAGUCAGGUCUCCCAAGCCCCCCAGAGCAGAUAUUCCAUCCGGGGGAACACGCAGCAUCAAGAACAUGUGGGAGAAAGGAAACGUCAGCGCCUCCAGUGAAAGUCCUUCUCCCGCGAACAAGGAAGUGGCUGGACUUAAGGGAGGUGUGACAGGACGGGUCAACAGUUGGAUGGCGAAACCCGCAGAGCCAGAGAAGACGACCCCAGCAGCACCGGAGGCAUCCAAGCCAGCAGCGCCUCCAUCAGCAGCGGCUCCAGCCCCGGCACCAGCAGCAAAGCCUGCGGAGGCGAAACCUGCUGAAGUCGGGAACAAACGAGGCCUUUGGGAGCCGAAGAAGACGGCCGCACCUACUAAGGUGCUGACAAGGUGCUGUGUUUCUUUGGCCAACGAAAAAAAACGAAAUCCACUGUAUCUCUACACACUCACCAGCAGGAGAAGUCGCAACAGACACCCAGGAGAAGCAUCGAUAUUCCAGCAAUAUAAAUAUAUAUAUAUAUAGUUAGAGCUUUUUACUGCACUUCACCUAUCUAUGGUGGCUGCAUUUCAGCAUCUGUCCUUUUUAUACCAGGAUGAUAUAGUUUAAUAUGAAAGCUAUUUUUGUAUGUCACAAAAUUAUUUGUGCACGUUUUGCACAGUUCGUACACUUCCUGCUACACAUCUGCAAGGAUGAUAUACAUUCUUGUUUCAGCAGUUGCUGUAAUAUAAGUAGUUAUUCUCUUUUGUUCAUUUUCUUUUUGCUUCGGUCAUUUUAGCGGUAUUUUUUUGUCCCUCAAAAUAAAUAAAUAUUGACGCAAAUAUCUUGUAAUGAAGUGCCUUCAACCAAUUUUAAAAAACUAUAUUGACAUAUUCUACCCAAAGUUACCAUCAUAUUCGCCGCUCUUCCAAUUUGUGGGAAUUAUACUUUGAAUUUUUAAACAAAAUGAAAUAUCAUUUUAAGCAUUUUUGGAGUAGUUACAUUUUUCCUUUUUUAUUACGUUAAAUGUAACUCCCGUUUUCUUCUGUCCUUCCAUCUUUGUGGCCCCUCACAGUCGUCUCAGUACAUGAUGUGGCCCCUCAGGAAAUUUAAUAGCACACCCCUGAUAUAGAUUGUCAUUUCAGUUUGUAUUGUUUCACACGCUGCGUCACUAUGUCGACUGGUGUUUUGACGACAACACACGAGUGAAUAAAAGUGCCUGUAAUGAAUC